AUGGCUUCCAGAAGAAGAACCGGCCAUCCCACGCGCAAUAUUUUUGGUGAUUUUAGUGAUCUUUCCUUAGAGGAUUCAAGAAUGGAAGAAAUCAGAAACUUGAAAAUCGGUAGAAGUCUUACCCAAGUAGCACCCGGCCGCAGCAGAUUUCUCAAAGGACACCAAACUAUGGGUGUAAAAUACUCACUCCCGAAAGAGAAUGCUGUUGUGGAGGGUGGGCUCAGACUGUCUUCGGGGAGACCCCCGAUCACUGCCUCGAAGCUCAGGGCCAGCGCUGCGCUCACAAAACUGGCUCAGCUGGAAACCAAGAUCAUGAAUCGUAAAGCUCAGGCGGAUUUGUCUGAUGUGGAAUCUGACCUGAAGACCCCUGAGGACAGUCUUCCGAGGAGCGCAGAUACAGCCCUUCCCAGGAGCACAGUCGGACUUUCCUCACACAGCCCAGAGAAAACCCAGAAACAAGCCCAUGAAACUCCCACGGCCGGGAGCGGCACACAGAGUGGGAAGGUCAGUAGGUUUCUAAAGAAGAGGGAACCACGCGUUGAAAAUGGGUUCCCUGAAACACAUUGUGGAAAAGAGAGGAGUUUUCAAACACCCAAAGAGAAAAAACCCACUAGAAAACUAGAUUCUCCAGACAGCGAUGAGGAGGAAAUGAAAGAGUUGCUAGGAGGCUUGGUAGAAUCUUCUAGAGACAAAGAAACAUACACGAAUCGGCGUUUCGUCAACUCCAAAGUCAGUGAGAAAGAACAAACAAAAGUAUUCUCGGAUCAGAUCCCAACUCAACUAAGAAUCCUUUCACUACCCAGUGAGGAACCUCCCGGCCCAAAGCCAUUUCGGACAUCAUGUCUGCCAGCCUCACAGUCAGCAGACGGGACCCUUCGCGGCACGCGCUCAAAAGCUUGCUCCCCACAGACUCACGCUUCAGGGGACACAGCCGCCUGCACAGCAUCACUGUCCAUCACUGGCACCUUUUCAAAAUCAGCCUCCAUGACGCCACAUGGCAAGCUCUCCCCUGGAAGGAGUGAGCCUGAGCCUCACGAUCAGUCGCCCUCAGAAGCUGCCGAUGACAGCCUGAAUGAUUUUCGAAUCAAUCUUUUAUCCCUCGAUGAUCUGGCUCCAGCUGUCAGUGAGAACUCAGACUUGGAACGGAAAAAAGAAGGGCAGCGGGAAAAGGCAUCCAGCCAAAGUCCCCAGGCAGGGGGCCCUCCCACUGGAAGCGAGAUCUCAGAGUGCCUGAGCGAGCCAUCGGCUUCCUCUGCCGGGCCUGAGGAUGCUUCCAGCCCGAGGCCAACGUCUCAGGAGCCCACGGCCAGCACAGUGAGCUCGGCUUACUCAGAAGAUUUUGAAAAAUCCCCAAAUUCGACAGCAUCCGAGUCAAGGGCCCGUUCCGAGUCUCCUGAAAGGACGCUGGACACUCUGUCAGAAUUCUCUGCAAGCCUGAAGACAGACCUUCCCCUGCCAACGCUCAAACCUUGGAAAAAGCAAGUCAGGGACGUUACAAGAGUCAUCAUGAAGGAGACGGCUGUGCAGACCCUCGAGCCCGCCUUCACCUACCAGUGGGUGGAGGGGCCCGGCGUGGCGGCCGUCGGACCGGCUCUGGGAGGUGCCUACGUGGACCCCGUGCCCAUUGCCAGCCACGUCGUCAGCGCAGACUCCAUAGAAGCCCUGACAGCUUACAGCCCGGCCGCGUUGGCGCUCAACGACAUGCUGAAGCAGCAGCUGAGCCUGACGCAGCAGUUCGUGGAGGCCAGCCGGCACCUGCACAUGUCCCUCCUGCAGUCCCUGGACCGAGACUCCUUCCACUACCACACCCUGGAGGAAACCAAACAGCAUUGUCACGUGGCUUCGCGUCAUGGUCUUUUUCUGCCCACCUGCCCGGGAGCCACUGGGGACAGGUGCUGCCUCCAGCACCCAAAGCCUCAGUGGACUGAGGUGGCGGUGGUGACGGCCCCCUGUCCUCUGCCCCACAGUACAUCAGGCACCACAGGCCUGCCCCGCUGUCCAUGGAGGAUGCCCUGGAGGAGGUGGAGGAGGAGCUCUGGGGACCGGAGCGGAGUAGUGGAACUCGCCCAGCCCCCGAGGGGACGCGCGGGCCGGUGGCAGUGGCCCCACGGGUGGAGUGGUACCACUCACGGCCGGACGGAGGAUGCCAGCCUGUCCGGAGCCCCGCGGAGCGGCUGUGCCGGCCGGGUGCUGGCCGCCCAGUGA